ACUUUACUCUUUCAUCUUUUCUUUUAUUUAUAUUGCUAAUAGUGUAUGUAAAGCCAUUAACUAUUGUGAAAGUACAACACGGAGGGGCGGAGUCGUAUUUCUCUUCCCGUGGUGCUUUGCGCGCGGGUGUCAUGGCGGCUCUCUAGUCAGUCUCGUUUCGUGUGUUUAUUAUUGAUCAUCAAGCGGUUUAAUUCUUUUUUAGGGGCUUUUUUUGUAAAGUACUUCUUCAAUACCAUUCGACUUAGUCGCGGAUGCAUUAACGUUAAACCUGUUCAGGGUUUGCAGAAACUAUAACUUUACUUACAUGCUAAGUUAAGCUAGCAGCUGCGUAUGACGUGAGUUCAUACAUCUAUAACAACUCCAAAUCUGAGCUCUUUUAUAUUAUGCACGCGUUUAUAUGUUAAUCUAAACUGUUUGUUUAUCACGAUCAGGUUUUGAAACAAACACAAUGACCACACAAUACAGUAUACUGUUCAAGCAGGAGCAUGCUCACGAGGAUUCGAUCUGGACGGCAGCAUGGGGCCGCAGUGAGAAGGACGGAUCCGAAACCAUCAUCACCGGGUCUCUGGAUGACUUGGUGAAAGUGUGGAAAUGGUCGGAUGAAAAGCUGGAGCUGCAGUGGACCCUGGAGGGUCACCAGCUGGGUAUCGUCUCAGUGGACAUCAGUCACAACGGGGCGAUCGCUGCCUCUAGCUCUCUAGACGCUCAUAUUCGGCUGUGGGAUCUGGAGACGGGCAAACAGAUCAAGUCCUUGGAUGCAGGCCCAGUUGAUUCAUGGACUGUUGCAUUCUCUCCGGACUCCAAAUACAUUGCCACCGGCAGCCAUCUUGGGAAGGUCAAUAUCUUUGGUGUGGAGAGUGGAAAAAAGGAACACUCACUGGACACCAGAGGAAAAUUCAUUCUGAGCAUUGCUUAUAGUCCAGAUGGAAAGUACUUGGCCAGUGGUGCUAUUGACGGAAUUAUUAACAUCUUUGAUAUCGCAACUGGGAAACUCCUGCAUACGCUGGAAGGACAUGCUAUGCCCAUUAGGUCCCUGACCUUCUCUCCUGACUCUCAGCUGCUGGUUACGGCAUCUGAUGAUGGUUACAUCAAGAUAUACGACGUGCAGCAUGCAAGUCUGGCUGGGACUCUCAGCGGACACGGGUCCUGGGUGCUGAGCGUGGCCUUCUCACCUGAUGAUAAACACUUUGUGUCCAGUUCGUCAGAUAAGAGCGUAAAGGUUUGGGACACCAGCAGCAGAACUUGCAUAAACACAUUCUUUGAUCAUCAGGACCAGGUGUGGGAUGUAAAAUAUAACCUGACGGGCUCUAAGAUUGUUUCAACGGGCGACGACAGAGCCAUCCAUAUAUAUGACUGUCCCAUGUGAAGUACGCUCUUGAUGUGCUGCAAUUAAUGUUUUGUCCAACAGGUCUAGUCUGAGACCUCAACACCACAGAAUUCAGUGAAGAUUUUUUUUAUUUCAUGGUUUCAUUGUCAACUUAAACAUCUGUGUAUACAAAUAAAUGUUUUUUUCUUAAACUU